AACGGUUGCUGAGCGGGGAUUGUUUUGGCUUGAUCUUUUUGCAGGCGCAUUAAUUUGCGUAACUCAGAACUCAGUGUCCCCAGAUAGCCUCAUAUCUGAUUCUCGAUUUACCAUCAGGCCUCAAUCGCUACUACGAAUUCCUCUGGGACGUCACUCGAACAUCAACUCUCCCCGUUCGCCCUUAAUUCGCUCCUUCUCCCUCAGAGAUUGCCAUUGAACUGCUUCAACCUUCUCCAAUCAUGGCUUACACAGACGAUGCUGUGAAAGCAAAGCUCUCAGCUCUGAACGAGACCCAGGAGAGCAUUGUCACCGUCGCGCAAUGGGUCAUGUUUCAUAGGCGUCAUGCCGAAAAGACUGCUCAAAUUUGGCUCCAGAAGAUUCGUGACUCGCCACCCCCUAAGCGACUGAAUCUCGUCUACCUAGCAAAUGAGGUUGCACAGCAGUCGAAAGCUCGUGGAAAGGAAGAUUUCCUCAUUGCAUUCUCGCCGAUCGUUGCGGAGGCCACGGCGGCGGCAUACAAAGGCUCGUCGAAUGAUAUUCAACAGAAGAUCCGCCGAGUCGUGGACGUAUGGAGACAGCGCCAUGUAUUCGAAGUCCCGAUUUUGGAUGCUGUGGAGGCGCGCGUGAACGAUAUUGACAAGAACCGCCUAACUACCAAGAAACAACCUCUCGGUGGCUCAUUCUUCAAGGAUUCCUCUGCGGGAGCUACUCCGUCCGAACUCCAACCUUUGGUCCCCCUGCAAGUCGCUGUCACCAAAGCGGCUAUGACUUCCAACACCUCUGCCACCACUGCCAGCACCGAGUAUAUCAAAUUGAACGACCCACAAGGUCCAAAGGUGACCCCUCCGGUGCUCGCUGCACGCCUGGGAACUCUUCUGAAGGCUCUCGCGCAUGCCGAGAAUUCCGUUUCAGAGGUCAUCAAAUCGCGCCGCGCUCUGAUCGACGGGCUCGAGAAAAUCCUCGCAACAAACCGCUCCGAGCUUGAAAAGGAGGAGUCUCUCGUGGCACAGUUUGGAGAGAAAAAGGCCGAGACGGACACAAAGCGACGUGAGGUCGAGGAUCUGAUUAUGCGUGGCUAUCAAGAUGACGAUUCCCUUACUGCUACCGGGCAGGGUAACGGCAACGCGGAGCCUCCUCGCCCUGAAAUUGAAGCUCUGACUCCUCCCCCAGUCGAGGCUAUCACACCCGUUGGAUCACCGAAGCCCGAGCAGCCACAGGCCAGCCAUGGCCCAUUCACGGAGGAGGCACCAAUAAGCCUUCCACAUGGCCUCAGCCUUGAAACGGACAAUGAUAUGUCAUUCGAUCCAUCCAAUAUCUCUCCCGGUGGUGAGAACGACUUCGACCUCGCUGCGACUGGAUCGGCUGCCAAGAGACGCAAGGUGGCGCACGAGGAGGACUAUGCAGAGUUUGCGGGUGGAGACUUGGAUGCCGAUGUGGCGGCUAUGAUUGCACAGGAAGGAAACCAGUGAUCUAGAGGUUGUUUUCAUCUGGUGAUCUGGUCGAACUCGCACCGUUUGUAAUCAUGGAGCGUUUGCCCUCCGUCUUCCGGGCUCUGUCUGCUAUUCAUUGUUGUGCGUGGGAGGGCUGUUCAAUUUUUGAAUG